CGCAGCCUCGGUAAUGGCAAGUGACAGAGGGUGAGAAAGACGAGGCGAAACUUUUUCCAACUACUAGUUGAUGUCAGGAUUGUUUAUGCGUGAUAACAGCAGCAGCAUCGUGUUGUCCGACUCCGACAGUUAUUCAGCGUUGCUGUCGUCUGGGUGAGAGUUGACCGUCUUUCGUGAGAGGCUAAAGUCGUGAACGGUGGUCUGUCGGUCGCGAAGCAGCUGAAUACACCAGAAGUUUGUUCGACUUCGAGUGAACACGUAGAGUCGCCGAAGAGGAGAAGCUAUGACGAACAGAGAAGACGAAUAUGACUAUCUUUUUAAAGUGGUGCUCAUCGGAGACUCAGGUGUAGGGAAGAGUAACCUGCUGUCCCGCUUCACCCGGAAUGAGUUCAACCUGGAGAGCAAGAGCACCAUCGGGGUGGAGUUUGCCACGCGAAGCAUCCAGGUAGAAGGCAAGACCGUCAAGGCUCAGAUCUGGGACACAGCUGGACAGGAGCGAUACCGUGCUAUCACUUCUGCUUACUACCGUGGAGCGGUUGGAGCUCUCUUGGUUUAUGACAUUGCCAAGCAUCUGACGUAUGAAAAUGCUGAGCGCUGGCUGAAGGAGCUGCAGGACCACGCUGACAGCAACAUAGUCAUCAUGCUAGUGGGCAACAAAAGUGAUUUACGCCACCUUAGGGCAGUGCCCACAGAUGAAGCCAAGGCUUUUGCAGAGAAGCAUGGCUUGUCUUUCCUGGAAACAUCAGCAUUAGACUCAAAUAAUGUGGAGUUGGCUUUCCAUACUAUUCUCACAGCCAUCUACAACAUCGUGUCACAGAGGCAGAUGUCAGGGCGAAACGACUCAGACUUCUCACCAGCCUCCAACGUAGUGCCCAUCACAGUUGAGCCCACCCAAAACUCAGCCAAUAAGGGUGUCUGCUGCCAGAACAACUGAGACCUUACCACUGACCUCCUUCACCUCCAGGCAUUGGAGAAACAGCCAGAUAGACAGAGACAGACAGUUGGACAGGGAAAAUGGAGAGACAGGUAGAAAGAACCAUUUCACACAAAGACACUUGGGUUUAUUUGUCUAUUGUCUGGUUAAGAAAACUUAAUGCAGCGUGAAGAGGGGGGCCAGGGAAGGAGGGAUACUAAAGAAGUUUAGAUAAGCAGACAGGGGGUGUGGUGAGGGAGGAUUAGGAUGAAUGGAAAGAAAACAGGUGAGAUGCACUGUACCCAGUGCAUUAAGCUUUGAAAGAGGUACAUGAUCAGAACUGAUUCACAGUCUAAUGAAAAAUUUAACACAUAAGGUCCCUUUUGUAUCACAUCACAAUUUCUGUCUUUGCAAACGGUCUCCCUUUUGAAAGCUCUAUUUUACAAGCCAGUAAAUGCUUUCCCUCAGUUUCCCACCAGCAGGAUAUUGGCCAAUAAAAAUCCACAUCCAAAAUACUGAACUGCAACCCCUAUGUCACCACUGUCACUCCCAUUACCCUAAAUGUAUAAUAUUUAGAAAAUAAUGUCCCUUACAAUAUUUAUUGAACACUAGAUUAAGGUCUUGUUUGGCCAAAGGGUUUGCCAUUUAACACUAGUUGGCUUAGAUUUUUCCACACUGAUCGCUUCACAGCAAAGGGAGCUCUCUUGCUUUUAGAUGCUUUUGCUUUCACCCACAAUCGUAUCUCUAUGUGGAGAAGCUUGUAAGGGUAACUACCCCUCAAUAAUGGAGGAGCAAGGGCUUCAAAUCAUUUUUCCUAAAUCCCUAUGCUGGAAUUUGGUCGAAGUUGGUUCAAGUAGUGUUCCACCAGACCUCUCGGAGCAAUAACAUCCCUCCCGAACAGUGACAUGUAAUUUCUUUUUGAUUGCCUCUGAUCUUCGUUUGGAAAGCUUUCCUGCUCUGUGCACACUUGGUAUAGAUGAGUCAUGCUCUUGUGAUUUUUUGCACAGCGUUAACUCUAAAUGAGAUGGGAUAGCUGUAUCACUAGCAAACGGGUUAACUGCCUCACAUGUCGGUGGGAUGGAAGUAUUGGCUCUGCUGAUAACUGUUUCACCCCUGCCCUGAACCUUUGGGUGUAGUAGAAGAGGAUGGGGAAUUGGUUUAAAUGCAUGGACAGCCCGUUGCUGCUGCCUGCUAGCUGGGAUAGAUGGAUGGAUAAUGUUUCAGGGGAUGAGGUAGUGAGGGCACUCAGCCCUGCCCUGCUCCUGUGGUCUCUGAUGUACCCGAGAUGGCUUGUUUUACUGUAAGUGAAAUCCUCCACUGCCUGCUCACCUACUCCUUUCUGUCUCUCUCUACACUGUAUGUAACUGGAAUAGGACUCUGCCUUCUGGGAUCUCCCUGAGGUCUGCCCUCGCUCUCACUUGUCUUUAUUUCCUGUGGCGGGGCGGGGGUUGUAUUCAGGAGCCAGGAUUGGGUUUGUUAGUAUCUAAUAGUUCGAUAGAUGAGGAAAAGCAGAAAGGAUGGAUGUGUAAGGAAGAGCUUAAUUAAAUCCAAAGGUUAUGCACACAGAUGAUGUUUAUCCUGCUGAUGUGUUUCCACAUCAACACUGACUUUUUUUGACUUCACAGUUCUUAAACUGGGUGGUGUAGGUUAGGGCUUUUUAACAGUUAUUCUCAUAUAUGUAUAUUUGGACUGCAUAUGUAUAAAUAAAUCUCAUUUGUUAUAGCC